UCGGGAAUUAUCGCUUGCGAUGGAGUCAUAUUUUUGCGUAAUAAAAUCUGAUUGUAGUACUGUUGGAAAUUUAUUGAAAUUAUGUCAUUUGUUUAUCUUGUCCCAGCUCGGUCGUGUUCAAUGCAGAAAAGUCUCUAUCGUUUGACAAAAUUUGUCUGAGAAUUGUUAUUGUUCGAGAAAUUGUCGAUUCGGGAGACAUCUUGUGUUGAAAAAGAUACAAGUAACUUGACUUGUCUGAUUUUGUCUUUCACGUGAAAAGUAGCAGAAUUAGUUCCGUGUUAGAAAGUUCGCAACCAUGGAUGUGUCGUGGGAUGCUGAUAACUUUGAACCGAAACUUCCGACCACGUUGACGUCCAACAAAUGGGAAGGCGAGGACGAGGAAGAGACCGUCAAGGAAAGUUGGGAGGACGAAGAGGAAGAAAAGAAGGAUGAGGAGAAGAAAGAGGUAGCUCCUCCACCACCAAAACCUAAAAAGAAAAUAUUAGACAAAAUUGCCGAAAAAGAGCGGCUUGAGCGUGAGAAAGCAGAACGUCUAGCUGCUGAGAAAGAUGAGGAGCUCACACCGGAACAGAAACUUGCUGAGAAAUUGCGACAGCAAAAGUUACAAGAGGAGUCAGAUCUCCGACUUGCCUUGGAAACAUUUGGUGUGACUGAAGGCAGUACUGGCAAGUUGGAUAACUUCCAUCCAACCAAUAAAGAUGAGUUCACAGAGUUUGGUGACCUGCUUUGUAAAAAGAUCAACUUUUACAAAGCCAAAGAUGAAUUCCCUGCCUUUGUCGAUGACCUGGUCAAAAAUAUUGUAGUACAAAUGCCAUCAGCCGACAUUAAGAGGAUAAAAAUGACAGUGGAUAAUCUCUAUAUUGAAAAGCAAAAGGCGGAGAAGAAUGAGAAAUCAAAGAAGCCUAACAAGGGCAAAGGCAAGGCUAAAUUAAAAGUGGAAGGCGAUAAUGCUCACCUCAAUCAAUACGAUGCCUACGGUAACUUCGAUGCUGACUACGAUGACUUUAUGUAAACAACACAAUAUGUUGUAAAUCUUACACGAUACCUGGCCUCUGAUAUGAUUGCAAAUGUCGUUUAUUUAUCACAAAACAAUCUAAUAAAAAGUUCAUUGACCGUAUGUCAAUAUACCAUUUGGUAUGUUUUUUUUUUAUACUAUUGUAUAAAGGUAGCAAUGUGUUGCUUUCCUCAAAUAAAAGUACGACCAUGUCAAAUAACCUACGAGUUAAUAUGUUAGAAAUUUUAUUAUCUGUUUUUCAUGUGGCUUCACCAAUAUGGUGUGUAGAUUUGCCAUAUUGACUUUUAUGGUUAACCCACUCUACCAUCUUUCAACAAUUAAUAUAACGCAAUAGGAAUUAUUUUAAUACGGUCUUGCACAUAACUUAUUUUAAUAACAUUUGAUUAUAUACUAACUAUAUGACAGUUUAAUAACUGCUUACUAAUAAAAUCAAAAAUUGAUUACUAAUGAAAACUAUAAAAUAAGCCAUAUCAUUAACUCUGAAGUAUAACUUUACUAAUAUUAUGAAGAGGUAAAAUUUGUUUGUUUGUAUGUACGGGGUAAACUGCAGAACUAAUGAUCCAAUUUCAUUGGUAUAAAACCACAUUAUUUCUGAGUGUUAUGAAUAUAUAUCAUAAAAUUUACGCGUGCGAAGCCGGGGCGGGUCGCUAGUCAGGGAUAUAUACUAGUAACAAAAAAAAAUCCUCUUGUCAUUAAAAUUUAAGUGAUAAUAUUCUAAACCUUCUCUCUCCUCAUUGGUAUGAUAUUCAUCCUUCGUUAAACAAGUUUGCUGUAAAGUAUGAUA